AUCAACGUUAAAAUCUACUUUAACAUGAGUGGUUUGAACUCCAGUUUACUCCAAAAUGUAUCAUUUGUGCGUCCAGAAUACUUUUUCAUCAGUGGAUUUUCUGGAAUACCUUUUAGUCAAUAUUACUUUGUCUUUUUAAUGUUUGUUUAUAUUAUAUCAUUGUGUGGAAACUCAAUUGUGCUUUACAUGAUAAUAAUUGACAAAAGUCUUCAUAUUCCUAAAUACAUGGGUAUUUUUAAUUUAGCUUUGUCAGAGUUUGGUGAAGCAAACGCACUGAUUCCUUUCCUUGUAAAGCUUUUUCUAUUUAAUUCACAGUACAUAUCCUAUGAGGCAUGUUUGGCUAACAUGUUUUUGACUUAUUUCUUCGCAGGCACACAGUAUUUAACUCUUGUUGUCAUGGCAUAUGAUCGCUUUAUUGCCAUUUGCUCACCUCUGAGAUAUCAUGCUAUUGUAAAUAAUUCCUUUAUGAUAGCAAUUUUAACAACAAUAUGGAUAUUUAAUUUAAUUUUUUUUGGCAUUAUGGUGGGUUUGAUUACACCACUUUCAUUCUGUAAAUCUAUUGAGAUAAAUAGCUUUUUUUGUGACCAUGGGCCAGUUUAUACACUAGCUUGUAAUGACAACAGUAUAAAUGUUUUCAUGGGAAAUGUCUCUAUUGCAGUAUACCUUUAUUUACCACUAACUGCUAUAAUCUUAUCUUAUGUGGGCAUUCUGUUGGCCUUAACUAAAAUUACAACAUGGGAGGGUCGUCUUAAAGCAUUCAAAACAUGUGUCACUCAUCUGCUGGUAGUAGGAAUAUUCUUCAUUCCUGUGUCAGUUACAUACUCAUUCUCUCUACAUCCUACUGCUAGGAUAAUUAACAUUUCACUGUCAAUAACAAUUCCACCCAUGUUAAAUCCCAUAAUUUAUGUUUUGAGUACAAAGGAAUUCAGAAACUUUUUUGUGAAAAUAUUUAAAAAGAAAACUUCACCCAUAUCACAAGAGGAGAUUAGUUCCGCUAUCUCAUCAUUGCAAUCUGGUAAGUCCCCGGGUCCUGAUGGCUUCCCUGUAGAGUUUUUUAAAUCUUUCUCCUCAUACCUUGCACCACAACUAGCUUUGGUUCUUUCUGAAUCUUUUAAGCAAGGUAAGAUGCCUGCGUUAUUUAAUGAGUCUUGGCUCGAAGAUUAG